UCCCGCGGCAGCGCUGUCCGCGGCGGCCGGAGCGGGCCGGGCCGGGCCAGCGGGCCGGGGGAUGGCGCUGCUGGACCUGGCCCAGGAGGGAAUGGCCUUGUUCGGCUUCGUGCUCUUCGUGGUGCUGUGGCUGAUGCAUUUCAUGUCCAUCAUCUACACCCGGUUACACCUCAACAAGAAGGCAACAGACAAACAGCCGUAUAGCAAGCUCCCUGGUGUGUCUCUUCUGAAACCACUAAAGGGGGUGGAUCCUAACCUAAUCAACAACUUGGAGACAUUCUUUGAACUGGAUUAUCCCAAAUAUGAAGUACUCCUUUGUGUCCAAGACCAUGAUGAUCCAGCCAUUGACGUGUGCAAGAAACUGCUCGGAAAAUACCCAAAUGUUGAUGCUAGAUUAUUUAUAGGUGGCAAAAAGGUUGGCAUUAAUCCUAAAAUUAAUAAUUUGAUGCCCGGAUAUGAAGUUGCAAAAUAUGAUCUCAUAUGGAUUUGUGAUAGCGGAAUAAGAGUCAUUCCAGACACAUUAACUGACAUGGUCAAUCAGAUGACAGAGAAAGUGGGGUUGGUCCACGGGCUGCCAUACGUAGCGGACAGACAAGGCUUUGCUGCUACCUUAGAACAGGUAUAUUUUGGAACUUCACACCCAAGAUCCUACAUCUCUGCCAAUGUAACUGGCUUCAAGUGUGUGACGGGGAUGUCUUGUUUGAUGAGGAAAGAUGUGCUAGAUCAGGCAGGAGGGCUGAUAGCCUUCGCGCAGUACAUUGCCGAAGAUUACUUCAUGGCCAAAGCGAUAGCCGACCGAGGUUGGAGAUUUUCAAUGUCGACUCAAGUUGCCAUGCAAAACUCUGGUUCAUACUCAAUUUCUCAGUUUCAAUCCAGAAUGAUCAGGUGGACCAAAUUGAGAAUUAACAUGCUUCCUGCUACAAUAAUUUGUGAGCCAAUUUCAGAAUGCUUUGUUGCCAGUUUAAUUAUUGGAUGGGCAGCCCACCAUGUGUUCAGAUGGGAUAUCAUGGUUUUCUUCAUGUGUCACUGCCUGGCAUGGUUUAUAUUUGACUACAUUCAACUCAGGGGUGUCCAGGGUGGCACACUGUGUUUUUCAAAACUUGAUUAUGCUGUGGCUUGGUUCAUCCGCGAAUCCAUGACAAUAUACAUUUUCUUGUCGGCAUUGUGGGACCCUACUAUAAGCUGGAGAACUGGUCGCUACAGGUUGCGCUGUGGAGGAACGGCAGAGGAGAUCCUGGAUGUGUAACAAGACCUUUGUGACUGACUGUACACAGCACAGAAUGGAAGUGUUAUAAAUUAUGUUUAUAGAGACACUUUCAAGGACCUACCUUCAGUGGUUUAUCACAUGUAUGUUUUGGUAUCUGCUCUUUAAUUUAUUUGCAUGGCACUUGGAUCUGUGAAAAGCAAAAAAAACAAAAAACAAAAAACAAAAAAAAAAAAACAAACACACACACACACACAAAACACGUCUGUAGUCUUGGCCAAAUAGUAUAUCUUGUGGAAGUAGAGAAUCAAGACAAUUGGUUCUAGGAAGUGGGGUUUGUUGUUAUUGUUGUUGUUGUUUAUUUUUUUAAACAAAUAAAUAUAUAUAUCUAAAUAUAUAUACACACACACAUAUACAGGACUGCUCUGCAGCAGACACUAUGACAGUAUCCUUCAGUACGGAAAGUUUCUUACCUGAGUUACUGGCUCUGAGAUCUGUGCGGGCAGAACAGCAGCUCCCUGAGAGGAGAAGGGGGCAGGUCAUGGCCUCCCCCAGGAGAGGUGAAUGUCGCCCAGGGAGGCGCCGACUGAGAAACUUUCUCAUGCUUUAUGCCUACCUCUUGUAGUUGUUGCAGAGCAAAUAGAAGUGAGAAGUUGUAAUACGGUAGCUAGGCCUUGCAAAAACAAGUGGAAAACUUUAAAAAAUAAUAAUAAUAAAAGAGCUGGAGUCUAGUAUUUAUAUAAAUCUGUGAGGAUUUUUUUUUUUUUUUUUUUGGUCUCAUUACAAUGAACCAAAAGUGGUUGAGAUUGGUUUUUAAUGGUAACCAUGAAUUGAAGGCAUCUUUUGGACCAACUGUUGUUGGUUCUGUCUUGAACCAUAUUAAUCACUGUGCUGUAAUUAGGAGAGCUGAAUCUUCCCUUCCCUGCUUCUCCCUCGCCCAGCCUGCCCCAUCCUUCCUGAGCUUUUUUCCAGGGGGGCGAUCUUGUACAAGUGUAAGUGGAUGUUUUAUAGUUGUAAGGAAAAUGCAUUUCAGACACACUUCACACAGGAGCUAUUUUCUUACCCAGUAUGUCUGUAUUGUUAAUAAGAAUGUAAUUUCAUGAUACAAGUAUUUAAUAUCUUUUUUUUUAAGUGAGUAAAAAAUAUUCUAGCUAUCGGCAAAUCCAUUGCAGUAGAGAAUUAGAGGCCAUGAUGAGGUUGACUCUUAAUCAAUCAGUAUCAAACUGAGUCUACCGUGUGUGUGUAUUGGUUUUUUGUUUUGUUUUGUUUCUUUUUUCUUUCUUUUUUUUUCUUUCUUUUUUUUUUUUUACUAUAACAGUCUAGUCUUAUUUAAAUUGGAUUUUGUAUUUAGUUUGUAUGACGAUAGACUAGGCCAGCCUAGCUGUGAAUGCAUGCUGCGCCUUCCUCUCCCCGUCCGCGGCUAAGCUUGCCCAUCAGCCCGUGCUCAACUUGUGGUGAACCGGACUUUUGUUUAAGAUGAGCAGAAGUGUAAGGGACAGUGCAUCGGCCUUUUCCCCGGCUUUUUAAGUCGGGUUUUGCUCAUCCUCCCGAACCCGAUGGCAUGCUGUCCGUCGAUGCUCGCUGUGCGUCCCAGCACUGUGGCAGCCUCAGCUCCUAUGGCUUCCAUCCCAGCACACAGUGUGUAGCCUGUUAGCAAUAACUUCCUGUUUAUAGAGAACAUUUUCAUCUUACUGAGCCAGUCCAUUUGCCUAAUGACUCUACAGACAGUCUAAAUUGCAAUAUAUCUGUAAAUGUGUAUAUACUAUAAAUACACAAUAUACUUACAUUUUUCUGGGCCAAACAGCGAUUCCUUUCUCCUCCCCCUCCCCUCCCCCUUGCCUUAUGAUGAAUUUGUUUGAAGGGCAUUUUCUUCAUGAGCGAAGGCUUGGAUGCAUAUUCCUCGUCGCUGUUGUUCUUUCUUUCUGUGAAAUGGGUACUAUGAUCCCCCGAGGAAAGCCGCGCAGUGAUAGCCAGUCUGGUCAUGACCCACUCCAUGUUCGCUUUUGCACAGUACUCCUUCCUGAGUCGAGUUUCGCUGAGCACGUUUGCUGUUUGUCAGUUUGUUUGUGGAGUUUGGCGGACGCCGCCCUUCUUUGCGCUGCUGAAGUGAAAUCUUGCUGACUCUUAAGCUUUUUUGUUGAUCUCAGUAUGGGCAAAGAAACAAAAUCCAAAUGGCUGGACAGAUUUCUGUAAAUAUUUUUUUUAAAAAAAAACAAAUGUUCUGUAUGUGUGUGUCUUAUGUGGUCAUGAAGUAUUAAAGCGAAGCUUCGAGUACGCAGAGAGUAACUCUUUUAUUUAGCAAGUUUGGAGUGAAGAUAAAAUAGUAAGAAAUACUGUAAAUGUCAAAGCACCACACCAGAACUGUAGGAGUCCAAAUUUAUAAUAAACUGUCUUUUUAAAAAGAAAACAAUUAUUAAGUGUCUAGAAUAUAUCAUGUUUUAUUAUUUAAAAUCAUUGUCUUAAGUUUUUUGUUGAGAGAAUAAAAAUUUGGAUACAAUCAA